CCCCGCCCCUGCCCGCUCAGUGCCGUUCCCCUGGUAGCAGAGUCGGCGAGGAUUGUGUGAGGGAUCGGAGCAGGCCCGCGGGCCGGACCAACAUGGCGGACACUCAGGUAGGAGAGCCGGGGGGAGCUGGGCUUUGUUAUUGUUAUAGCCGGGGGGGUCAGUCUGUGUGCGGGGGGCCCCUGGGGGAGGUCGGUCUGUGUGCGGGGGCUGGAGGAUCGGUCUAUGUGCGGGGACUGGGGAUCGGUGAUCUGUUGCUGAGGGGGCUGGGGAGGAUCGUCUGUGCUGGGGGAUCGGUCUGUGUGCUGGGGGCCAGGGGGAUCGGUCUGUGUGCUGGGGGACCUGGGGGUCGGUCUGUGCUGGGGAUCGGUCUGUGUGGGGGGCUGGGGAUCGGUCUGUGCGGGGGCCUGGGGAUCGUCUGUGGGGGCUGGGGGAUCGGUCUGUGUUGGGGAUGCUGGGGAUCGGUCUGUGCGGGGGCUGGAGGAGGGGGAUCAGUCUGUGUGGGGCUGGGGAUCGGUCUGUGCGGGGCCUGGGGAGGUUCGGUCUGUGCUGGGAUCGGUCUGUGGCAGGGAUCGGUCUGUGUGCUGGGGAUCCGGUCUGUGUGUGCUGGGUCGGUCUGUGUGUGCUGGGGGCUGGAGUCGGUCGUGCUGGGGGCCUGGGAUCGGUCUGUGUGCUGGGAUCGGUCUGUGUGCUGGAGACCUGGGGAUCGGUCUGUGUGCUGGGAUCGGUCUGUGGGAUCGGUCUGUGUGCUGGGAUCGGUCUGUGUUGUGGGACCCUGGGUGGAUCGGUCUGUGUGCUGGAGUCGGUCUGUGUGCUGGGAUCGGUCUGUGCUGGGGAUCGGUCUGUGCUGGGGGCCUGGGGGAUCAGUCUGUGUGCUGGGAUCGGUCUGUGUGCUGGGAUCGGUCUGUGUGCUUGGUCGGUCUGUGUGCUGCGGGACUGGGGAUCGGUCGUGUGCUGGGGAUCGGUCUGUGUGGAGACUGGGGAUCGGUCUGUGUGGGGCCUGGGAUCGGUCUGUGUGCUGGGGGCCUGGGGGAUCUCGGUCUGUGUGGGGAUCAGUCUGUGUUGUGGGGAUCGGUCUGUGUGUGCUGAGGCCUGGGGAGUCUGUGUCUUGGGGCCUGAGUGGGAGAUCACCUAGCUGGAGGAAUAUCUCAAGUCUGAUUUGUUGUUUAUCAGUGUAUAUAGAAACGCAGGUUUAUGAAAUAUUAUCCCGUUCUAUUUACUUUUAUUUAAAAAAAAAAAUAAUUAUAAACUCUUGUAUUUAUUAAUAUUUGUUUAAAUGCCGUCAGCUGUAAUGUUUAAUUUUUGUGUUUUAUGUAUACUUGGUGCCAUCAUUAUUUAAUGUAUCCGGAACUACCCAAUGCUUGAGGCGUCUUUAUUGCACUUAUUAUAUUAUAUAUCUUAUUACAUAGUGUAUGUGUCCUGUUCCGGUAACCUAUAAUAUCUUCAUUUCUAAAUCACAUGCUAAUAUAUUUUGUAUCCCAUUGCUGUAGUUUUAUUCAUCUGUAUCUCUCUUCAAUUAUAUAUAUAUAUAUAUAUGUAUAUAUAUAUAUAUAUAGUCAGAAAUUACACACGGCACACUAUUUUAAAUGGCCCUGAAUGUAUCUCUCUUCCGGUUAUUUUAAUAUCUCUAUAUGUAUCUCCCGUGACUCGGUUAUUUUAAUAUCUCUAUAUGUAUCUCCCGUGACUCGGUUAUUUAAUAUCUCUAUAUGUAUCUCCCGUGACUCGGUUAUUUAAUAUCUCUAUAUGUAUCUCCCGUGACUCUGUUAUUUAAUAUCUCGAUAUGGAUCUCCCGUGACUCUGUUAUUUAAUAUCUCGAUAUGGAUCUCCCGUGACUCUGUUAUUUAAUAUCUCGAUAUGGAUCUCCCGUGACUCUGUUAUUUAAUAUCUCGAUAUGGAUCUCCCGUGACUCUGUUAUUUAAUAUCUCGAUAUGGAUCUCCCGUGACUCUGUUAUUUAAUAUCUCGAUAUGGAUCUCCCGUGACUCUGUUAUUUAAUAUCUCGAUAUGGAUCUCCCGUGACUCUGUUAUUUAAUAUCUCGAUAUGGAUCUCCCGUGACUCUGUUAUUUAAUAUCUCGAUAUGGAUCUCCCGUGACUCUGUUAUUUAAUAUCUCGAUAUGGAUCUCCCGUGACUCUGUUAUUUAAUAUCUCGAUAUGGAUCUCCCGUGACUGUUAUUUAAUAUCUCGAUAUGGAUCUCCCGUGACUCUUAUUUAAUAUCUCGAUAUGGAUCUCCCGUGACUCGGUUAUUUAAUAUCUCGAUAUGGAUCUCCCGUGACUCGGUUAUUUAAUAUCUCUAUAUGGAUCGCCCGUGACUCGGUUAUUUUAAUAUCUCUAUAUGGAUCGCCCGUGACUCGGUUAUUUUAAUAUCUCUAUAUGGAUCGCCCGUGACUCGGUUAUUUUAAUAUCUCUAUAUGUAUUUCCCGUGACUCGGUUAUUUUAAUAUCUCUAUAUGUAUUUCCUGUGACUCGGUUAUUUAAUAUCUCUUUAUGUGUGUAUAUCAAAGAGUGAUGUGAGGGAUAUAAUGCUGACAUUGAGAAGUUAAGAAUCUGUGUAUCAGAUAUUUGUUGUUGUGGUGCCACUGGUUAAAAAAAAAAAAAAAAAGACUUCCUAACGUGUAGACUUUCCAAACACAAAGAAUUAUACUUGGUCUAUGCAUUGGGUGCAUUUUGGCUCCCGAGUUUCGGAAUUCAUACAUUCUGUCCAUUUGCACUUUGGCCCAAAAUAAAUCUCCAAAUCUAGUAAAGGUUUCAGAAAUGAACAUUGAUACAUUAGCAGUUGCGUUAAUUAAACCGGAUUAUUAAAAAUAAAAAAAAAAGUUGAUGGUUCAUGUGGAAAAGGAUUUUGUAUUUAAAGCAGAAUACAGAUAUAAGACUAAUCCAGCUCCUGAUGUUUCGAAGGCAGGAGUCUGUGAAAAAACCGAACGUUAUGGAAAGUAGAUGGCAAAAUGAAACCAGGAGAUAGAAGGAAAUCCCCUCUUCAGCUUUGAAGAUUUGUACAAAACAUAAUCGACCUCUUCUAUAUCUGUAGCUAAAUAUCCACAAAAAUUGCUCAUGAGGGACCUGUAUUAAUAGACCAGGACAGAGCUUGGGAUUUCUCCUAACCCAACAGUUACACAGAGGAUGUUGGGUAUAUUUUCCACCUAAUGUUUGCUCAACAACAAGAUCUCCGUACAGGACAGACAUCUACACCCGAAUAUAUCCGAUCAUAUCUCAGACUGCAAGUAAGCUUGCUGGAAGUAACUCGCGUCCUGUGUUUCCCUUUUGUUAUUAGAUUCGAAAUUCACCUUGGAAUUAGCCACAACGAUGUAGGAUGCAUUUGCAAAGAUAAAGGAAAGAUCCUGAUUAGUUUCCUUUUUGGUGUAUUUAGAGGACAGUUACUGCAGGUUAAUCCACGCAAUAUUUACUAAUUCCAGGGAAACUUCACCAUGAACUCAUUGUGCCAAUUCUGAGUUCACCAUACACUCAUUGUGCCAAUUCUGAGUUCACCAUACACUCAUUGUGCCAAUUCUGAGUUCACCAUACACUCAUUGUGCCAAUUCGGAGUUCACCAUACACUCAUUGUGCCAAUUCGGAGUUCACCAUACACUCAUUGUGCCAAUUCGGAGUUCACCAUACACUCAUUGUGCCAAUUCGGAGUUCACCAUGAACUCAUUGUGUGUAUUGGGUUUGUUUUAGGCUUCUCAUUUUGUGUGUGUGUGUCGGUCAGGGAUUUCUAGUUUUUUACAAUUCCUUUAAGCAGGAACCCAGACUAUCUGUUAUUGUGUGGGUGAUAUCAACUACUCCCAGGACUAUCAAAGUAAAACUGAGAUACAUUUGGAAUGAAGUGUUUGAGGUUUGGUAAGGUUCACCUGAUUUAUGUUUUUGGAAGCCAUUUUCUUUCUAUAUUAUUAUUAUUAUUAUUAUUAUUUUCUAUAUUAUCUAUGUGAUUGACAUACGAUGUUUUGGACCUGGGUACACUUAACUCAAAAUCACCUAUUCAAUAUAUAUUGUAUAUAUUCCACCAGACUUGGAAAGCGUUUGUGGUCCUCUUAAAAGUACUCUGCCUCGGUUGGGUACCUAGCCUCUUGACAUGAUCUAAAACUGUAAUAUCUAAUGCAGCCUACAAAGGUAUUAAUUCAUACUAAGGCGUCCUUCCUUGAAAUAUGUAAUGUGACAAUUGGAUAUUCUAACCUGAUAGUGUAAGUGUGAUCGGUAACUUUCUCCAACACGUGACAUAGAACCAUCUAUUCGAGGUCACAUCACCAAAAUCCACACCCCGAUUCUAUUUAAUUUAAAAAAGAUGUUCUGACAAUCUCAUAAGAAUUCCAGCUUCUUGCUUGACUCCAAGUGAUUCCAGUGAGUCCAUCGGUAUUUUAGUCCACGCUGCCUGAGAGUAAGGUUCACCCAGGAUAAACUAAAAAUACAGGUCCACAGGCAUCACAACGUAGGGUGAAGGCAAACAAAUAUAUUUAUUGGUGAUCUAAUAAAAACAAGAUACGUUUCGGCCAAGAGUCCUUAGUCAUGUGACAAAAUCAUCUAGGCCAAAACGUAUUUAUUUUUCUCGUCAUUUUUGAUCUUGUUGUGUAAUCUAAGGUUUUAUAUGUAUGGUAUAUAGAUAUAAUAAUACCUGGUGAUAUUCACAAACAGCCUUCAGGGACCCUAUAGUUCUUUGUGUUUAAGCGAUGAUAUAAACCCUUAUUAACAGCAGAUGUUUAAAAUCUAUUUAAGUUUAAUAAUGCACACUAAACCCAAAGCAACUAAAAUAAAUAUAAUUGAUUAUAAUCAAUUUGCCACACCGUAUAACAUUUCAAAUCAACCAGUCGAUUAAUUUAAUUGGCAAGCCUAAUGGUUACUAUUACGUACAUCUCUUUUCAUCUCCAAGCUGCUCAGUAAAGGACAAUAAAACCUAUACGAAUUUCCCGCAGAGCCCAGUACACAGAAUUAAUAAUAUGGCGCCCCUUUCAUUAAGGAAACAACUGUUGGUUUAUUAAUCAGUUUAAAUAUAAACCAACUGCGGAAUUUGUUGGCACUAUAUAAAUGCCAAUAAUAAUGAAUAAUAGCUCUACGCCAAUAUCAUCUGAUAUAUAACUUUAUACAAUGAUAGUCCACAACUACGUUAACCCUAGUGUGAUAUAAGCCAGAAACUUAGAAUUUAUGGUUUCUUCUAGCUUUGGUAUAAUUUAUCUCUGGGUGGAUAGAUAGAUGUAAAAAACAUAAAAUUUGUAUCUUGUAAUACCUUUUUGUUGGACUAACAAGUGUAUAAGUGUGUGUAUCUACAUAUCUAUAUGGCUAUGUAUGUGUAGGUACAUGUAUUGGUGCUUGUGUGUGUGGCGGGUCUACUUACUAUCUGUGAAUUGAUGUGUGACACCCCCAUGUUUUCCCAUAUAACUGUGUAUUUGUGUAUUUUGCCUGCUCUCAGUUCAGGAGUACCCAGACGAACGAGCUCUGUUCGCCUCCCGAACGGGGACCACUUCCAUACCCCAUUUAGAAUGUUUGUUUAGAUCGUCCACACCUAGUUAAAGGACCACUAUAGUGCCAGGAAAACAUACUCGUUUUCCUGGCACUAUAGUGCCCUGAGGGUGCCCCCACCCUCAGGGACCCCCUCCCGCCCGGCUCUGGAAGGGGAAAGGGGUAAAAACUUACCUUUUUCCAGCGCUGGGCGGAGAGCUCUCCUCCUUCUCUCCUCCUCCAUUCCUCCUCCUGGGCUGAAUGCGCACGCGCGGCAAGAGCUGCGCGCGCAUUCAGCCCGUCGCAUAGGAAAGCAUUUACAAUGCUUUCCUAUGGACGCUUACGUGCUCUCACUGUGAAAAUCACAGUGAGAAGCACGCAAGCGCCUCUAGUGGCUGUCAAUGAGACAGCUACUAGAGGAUUAGGGGGAAGGCUUAACCCAUUCAUAAUUAUAGCAGUUUCUCUGAAACUGCUAUAAUUAUGAAAAAAUGGGUUAACCCUAGCUGGACCUGGCACCCAGACCACUUCAUUAAGCUGAAGUGGUCUGGGUGCCUAGAGUGGUCCUUUAAUGAGCAAUAGAACCGCAAGAGAAGCCUCGGUGCGUGCUGACCCUGGGUGGUGGCCCGUUCAUUAGACAAAAGCCAUCCGGGGGAGCGUUUGCGGAUUGCUUCACACCCCAUUCGGUUCCCGAACGGAGACCUCCCCAGUGCCCCUUGGAGUGUUCACACCAAUCAAUUAGAACGUUGGCAGUUUGCAACAUAAGUGUGAAACCGCAAGGGAAGUAAUUAAUGAGUGCUUCCCUGGGUGGCUGCCGUUCGUAUAGAUGGGUGGCGGCCAGGGGGAGCAUUCAUGUUCCAAACGAAGACGAUUCCGUUGCCUGGUUUCACCCAGGAAUCCCACGAACGGAGAUAGUUCGGGGGGGGAGGGGAACCCUGAGAGUGGUGGGGACACUCUCUUGGGAACAAUGGCGGUUUGGCGGCUUUCUGUGCCUGGCAGUCCCAAAGGCAGGAAACCUUCCCGCGCUGGGCCUCCCCAGUACAGAGGCUCAUGGGAUAAAGACCCCUGGCCAGCGGAGGUGUGUAACCCUGAGGAUAGGUGGUGGGAACAGGGGACAAAGGGAUGGGAGUUCCGUUUCCGAUAGAGGGCCCUUGGGAGGCACCACUGAGUGGCGGGAAUAGAAGACAAAGAGUCUGGGGUCCCGGAUCUGUUAUACGACCUCUGAGAGGGGGAGAACCCUGGGAGGGGACAUUGUCUUUGUGUAUAAUAUAUAUAUAUAUCAUUAUAUAGUAUGUACAUAUCAUCCUCCCCUUGCAUGGGGAAAAGUAUAAAUCAGAGUGUGGCCACUCUGUUGUUGUACCCCUGGAACUGUGUGUCGUCUGGACACUGCGGAAGAUGGGUCGCUUAAUCCUUCUAUAGCAGAGGUAACCAGUCAGGUUACCAGGUGUCCCGCUACAGUGUGCAUGUACAUAUAUUUGGGCAUUUGGUUGUAUUUAUAUGUAUAUUGUUGUAUGUACUUGUGUAUACUUGUACAUAUACACUACUUUUGUGUGUGUCUGUGUAUGCUGAAUAUAGGCCUUCAUGCAUAUCCUAUAACUCUUGGAUGGGACUUCAUGCAUUUUCAUAUUAAUAUAAGUAAUUAUUUUGUUCUUACUCCCCCCCCCUUGUAGUACCAUCUUCUGCACUGUUUGCUUGUUGUUGUUUUUUUUUUUCCUCUCUCUCCCUUUCACUCACUCUGUGAUCUUCACACAAGAUAUUUACGACCCUCUGCAAGAAUGGUGUCUAUUGUCUAACAAACCUGUGUCUUAUCUGCACUCCUGUCGCUUUAACCCCUGUAUCACAACUCAACUUUGAAUUCUAUGUGUCAUCUUGCUCAGAAAUGCUUUAGACAUGAGAAAGGGAGGUUCUCCCGAAAGCUUGUCAUUAAAAAAUUCUGUUAGUCCAAUAAAAAAAGGUAUUACAACAUACGAAUUUUAUCUUUAUUUUUUUUUACAUCACUGGACUAAUACAGCUAAUAUCUACUUGAACAUUAGCUAAGUUUUAAAUUCAAUUUGGGAUUCUCCUGGUCUGUAACUCAAUGUAUCCAAAUUCAGUCAGUCUCCUGAUUACUUAGCCCUCUGAUCUUCCUAGGUAUUUGAUGAUCUGAAGAUUCCUAAACCUGCUUUCUCUAAUUUUUCACCAUAUUUAACCUUUAUUUACUACUUUCAGUUCCUGCCCCUUUUUUUUUUUAACUGUGUCAUACCUGGGAUUAUGAUUUUGGUUUUGAUUGAUAAUGGACGUUUCUUAAUAUAUAAUGAUUAAUUUUGCCCCUGAGGACUCAGACCAGAGAUGGUACUUUUUCCCCAGGUAUGACAACCUUAAUUGAAUAAAUGAAUUGACCUUUAAAGGACCACUCUAGGCACCCAGACCACUUCAGCUUAAUGAAGUGGUCUGGGUGCCAGGUCCAGCUAGGGUUAACCCAUUUUUUAAUAAACAUAGCAGUUUCAGAGAAACUGCUAUGUUUAUUAAUGGGUUAAGCCUUCCCCCUAAUCCUCUAGUGACUGUCUCAUUGACAGCCACUAGAGGCGCUUGAUUUUCACAGUGAGAGCACGCCAGCGUCCAUAGGAAAGCAUUGUAAAUGCUUUCCUAUGCGACCGGCUGAAUGCGCGCGCAGCUCAGCCGGCGGGGAGGAACGGAGGAGGAGAGAAGGAGAGCUCUCCGCCCAGCGCUGGAAAAAGGUAAGUUUUAACCCCUUUCCAGAGCCGGGCGGGAGGGGGACCCUGAGGGUGGGGGCACCCUCAGGGCACUAUAGUGCCAGGAAAACGAGUGUGUUUUCUUGGCACUAUAGCGGUCCUUUAAUUCACUUAUACUGGUCGCUGUUUAAAUUACUUUAUGUAUCCGGUUAUGUACAUAUCAUUUAUUCAGCUAAUCUGUAUGAAUAUUAUCAAAUGACAUAAGUGGAUAUAUCAAGGAUACAGUUUACACUUUGUUAUAUCAAUCACAAAGUUUAGGGAACAUCUGUAGAUCAUGCCUGGUUUCUGUAUAUUUAAUCAAGUUCUAUUCCUUUAUGAUUUUAAUAUGGAAGUGAGCCUCCUGUGAGAACUUGGCUCCUCUUGCCAAACACUCUGGAUUUAACUUGAAUGUUUACAUACGAACAAAUGCAUUGUUCCUUCCCUUUUGAAGUUCUAUGUCUUUGAGAAUCUUAGAUUGUAAAGUCCAACUGGAGAUUUAUUUAGUCAUCACCCAUGCUCUAAGUCUCCGGGAUGAAACUGUAGAUCGGGGUUUCUCCUGUUAACUUCUCAGGGUCACUAAACAAAAGGUUAUUUUGACCCUUGUUUAAUGAUGUUAAAGUAGUGUUACGUAAUGUGCGACUACAGAGAGAGGAGACCGAAGCGACAAGAGGACAUACUGCAUGGGAAUGUGCCCCACUGCAGAGCACCCAGCAGGCGUCGUGGCACAUUAGGUGUAAGGAAGCCUCUGUAUCUCUCGAAGUUGUGCAUCGCACUCCUGGUGUUUUUGGCCUGCAAAGAGUCCACCUGUUGGGUGAGUUUGUCUACCCAUUUCCCGGGGCAGCCACCCGUGAGCUUUCUUUUCCACUCCAGUUGUGUUUCCAAAUUUUGUGUAAAUUGUGAAGCAGAGCGUGAAUGUCCCUGUUAGUUGCUGGGGAUAAAUGUGAAACUGAGUCUAAAGAGGAGUUACAUUUGUAGGUGCACAGCGUGUCAAGACAUGGAAUGUUCCGAGAUUGACCCCUCUGAAAUCAUAGCAUUGUUGUAGUACAGUAUGUGGAUGAACAGAGCUCCACUAAAACAUGUCUGCUCCCUCUCACAGCUAAACUCACCCCCUCGAUAUAUUGAUCUCAAUGUUAUAUACAAGAUGUUGAACUACACAAGAAGAUUUUCUCUAAUUCUUUAUUAAAGAUCACUGAGGUUGGCCUAUGUCUUCCUCAUCUUGUUUAUAGGACAUCGCCCGCCAACUGUUGAUUGUCACACAGUAAGACCCAGGAGAGGCGAUGACUUCCAUGUUGGUUAAUAUUAACUUUGCUGAGGCUUUAUUAGCAAUGCAGUGACUGACUGCUCCUUCAGAGCCGGCUCGUAACGGGGCCGAUCUGUAGAAUAACCAGCCACGCAAUCCCUGAUUUUAAUGGAAAUACUUUCAGCAAUACGAGCUCAUUUCGUGAUAGAACAUUUAGCGCACACGUCAUGUGAGUAUUUUCCCUGUCCAUCUAACAGGAGACCGCUGAUUGCAGCCACUUCCAUGUGAUGUAUCCUGGAGACAAUGCAAAGCAAAUCGCUGGGUCUUUAAAUUAUGUUGCUGUUUUUUUACAUUCACUUUACCCAUGGAACUAUUGGCCAUUUCCAACCCGUCUGUAAAGUGACACCGUGCCUUUAAUUCAUGCUGUGUUUGGAGGUUUUCCAUGUGCCAUGUCCGCUUACAAGGCCUCUUAGCCAUUAGCUGCUGGGUGCGGCACCAUUUAUAGAUCACGGGGUAGGUGGAUACUCUUGUAAUAGGCUUGGGUGUGUCUAUUAUAGUCACAUAACACAAUGGAUUACAGGUAAUUCCACAACCCCACCCAGGGUAAUAAUAUGUCAUGUGACACUUGGCUUCUAUCCAGACAGUGUAUGUGUAACUUGUAAUUACUCCAGCAUGUGACAACCAUUCAUGCACCAUUGCAUCAUCAAAAUCCCACACUAUCACUAUUUAUUUAUCACAGGGCUUGGCAAAUUUGCUUUGAAUCCAGGAACCAACUAAAAUAAUAUUAAACUAGCAAAGCUUUAUUUUCAACAACAAAAAAAAACAGAUCUUUUAGGGACAAUAUAGUCACCAGAACCACUACAACUCGUUCCUGAAGGGUUUUCAAUGUUUACAUUGGUGUCUACUAAUACCUCUAGGUGCAGUCACUCAGGCGGCCGCUAGAGGUGCUUCCUGUGUCAGUGCUGCACAUGGAGGCUCUGAACGUUCUCCAUAGAGAUGAAGUGAUGCAAUGCAUCUCUGUAAGGAUAUGCUGAUUGGCGCAGCACUGCGUUUUGCCACACAUGCGCAAUAGCCUUUCUAUCCUUUCCUAUGGGAAAGCAAUGGAUUGUCUGGGAUCUUCAUGAUUAAUGGUCUCAGCCAUGGAGACAGGGCCAGCCACGGCGAGACCAGCAUGGCGUUCAGAUGGGGCAGAUCACCUUACUACUUUAACACUAGUGUCAGGAACACAUGUUUGUAUUCCCGACAACUAUAGUGCUCUUUUAAAUCUACACCUAAAGAAGACUAGAACCAAACCUUGAAGGCAUUAAACGUGCCUUGUAUUUUAGGAUUAAGGUACCAAUAAGCACACAUACUUACUGACAGACACACACUCACAAAUUAUUUAUUUUAUUUUAAUUAAUGUCUAUCCAGACUCCCUACCUUUUAGGAGUGCUUGAGUGGGUCCUUUCCCUGGGAACCAGUGGGACCGGUAUGUAAUUCUCAAGCUCUACUCCCUUGCGCGCUGUGUAGUGAUGCCGGGGCUGAAGUCCUAUCUGGAGAGGAGAAACAGGAGAAGUGACAGGAGAAACAGAGAGGGCCCAGUCGCACACGCUACCUCAGCAACCAUGUAGUUCCACCACGGCUCCGGCAGGCAUUGCUGCAGUGAUAAAUGGGACAAUAAACACCCAAGUGCUAGUCACCAUGGGAUUAGCCGAGCCCCAGUUUAACCUAAAGGAGAAGUUGUGAUAAGCUGUUUACCUCAUUGGAGACCCAUCCAUUUCCUGGCGUUAUGUAAAACGCAGUAUCUGCUUCUGUAAGGGGGCGUUUUUAGUUAUUAUGGGAGGGUGUGGAAAACCUUCCCAAAGCAGGCCGCCCGGUGUAUGCCAUCCAGUACACCUAAUGAUAUUGGGAUUUCCGCGUUCGUUUCCAUUGGUGGUAUCAUUAAACCAUUCAGGGUGUGCAUGCCGAUUGAUUUGGGUGACGAUAUAGAAGGCAUGUAAGAUGGAGGUUGCUGCAUAUUGUGUAAUUAAGCCAGCAUUGAACCCUUCCUCCUGUAGCGUUGAUUCAUACCCAGAGGCUGUCCCACACUAUAACCAGCUCUGGCACACAGAGGAACAGCGCCAGCUGAAAGCACAAAGUCUUGGAUCAUCACAAUUUAUUAAAAAUGUAUUGAAAUAAAUCAAAUGAUCUAAAUUACAUACAAUUUUAUAAACUUAUCUUUUCUGGAAAUUGUUACUUUCAACUUUUUUUUUUUUUUUUUUUUGUGUGUCAAUUUUGAAAAGGAAUCGCAACUAAAGUAAAAUGUGUUUUUUCUCUGCCUGACUGUUCAGCACGACGAGACGCUUCAGGAAGAUAAUUUUCCUUUUUAUUAUUCCAGAAAAGGGAACUUCUAUAAAUUUGAUUCCAGGUUUUCAUUUUUCUCUUUGUGGCUGGCGAGGCGUUCGGAAGGAUUUCUUUAAUCGGAGACUCCUAAACCUCUACGUUUAAUCACAAUUUGAGGGGUUUUCCUGACCCUAUAGUACCCUCAGGGUCACCCUCCCGUGGCGCUGAACGGGUUAAAACCGCUUUAGCAGCUUACCUUAUUCCAGCGCUGGGCUCCCUCUGCGCUGGUGACCUCUCCUCCCCUACCGACGUCAGCUCCCCCGUCUGACGUCAGUGGAGCGGAAUGCGCAUGCGCAGCAAGUGCCGCGGCUCUUUCAAAGUGUCCAUAGGAAAGCAUUUCUCAAUGCUUUCCUAUGGACGCUCUGCACGAUGGAGGUGAAAUUUGCAUCCAGCAUCGCAGAUGCGCCUCUAGUGGCUGUCAGGAAGACAUCCACUAGAGGCUGGAUUAACCCCAAAUGUAAACAUUGCAUCUGAAGGGUUAAAACCUGUGGUACCUGGCACCCAGACCACUUCAUUGCGCUGAAGUGGUCUGGGUGACUAUAGUGCCUUUAAAUCUCUGCUAGUCUUGUACUUUGAAUUAUAUCACCCUGUUACUGUAUAGCAUAGCAGGAUCGUUCUAUAGAUCAUGUGAGAGGGUCUGGUUUUUGCUCCCGGUUCCUGUUGCUGUAUAGCCGGGCAGGAUAGUUCUAUAGAUCAUGUGAGAGGGUCUGGUUUUUGCUCCCGGUUCCUGUUGCUGUAUAGCCGGGCAGGAUAGUUCAAUAGAUCAUGUGAGAGGGCCUGGUUUUAUCUCCCGGUUCCUGUUGCUGUAUAGCCGGGCAGGAUGGUUCUAUAGAUCAUGUGAGGGGGUCUGGUUUUAUCUCCCGGUUCCUGUUGCUGUAUAGCAUAGCCAGAUAGUUCUAUAGAUCAUGUGAGAGGGCCUGGUUUUAUCUCCCGGUUCCUGUUCCUGUAUAGCCGGGCAGGAUAGUUCUAUAGAUCAUGUGAGAGGGUCUGGUUUUAUCUCCCGGUUCCUGUUCCUGUAUAGCCGGGCAGGAUAGUUCUAUAGAUCAUGUGAGAGGGUCUGGUUUUAUCUCCCGGUUCCUGUUGCUGUAUAGCAUAGUUCUAUAGAUCAUGUGAGAGGGUCUGGUUUUAUCUCCCGGUUCCUGUUGCUGUAUAGCAUAGCAGGAUAGUUCUAUAGAUCAUGUGAGAGGGUCUGGUUUUAUCUCCCGGUUCCUGUUGCUGUAUAGCAUAGCAGGAUAGUUCUAUAGAUCAUGUGAGAGGGUCUGGUUUUAUCUCCCGGAUCCUGUUGCUGUAUAGCCGGGCAGGAUAGUUCUAUAGAUCAUGUGAGAGGGUCUGGUUUUAUCACUCGGUUCCCGUUGCUGUAUAGCCGGGCAGGAUAGUUCUAUAGAUCAUGUGAGAGGGUCUGGUUUUAUCUCCCGGUUCCUGUUCCUGUAUAGCCGGGCAGGAUAGUUCUAUAGAUCAUGUGAGAGGGUCUGGUUUUAUCUCCCGGUUCCUGUUGUUGUAUAGCCGGGCAGGAUAGUUCUAUAGAUCAUGUGAGAGGGUCUGGUUUUAUCUCCCGGUUCCUGUUGCUGUAUAGCAUAGCAGGAUCGUUCUAUAGAUCAUGUGAGAGGGUCUGGUUUUUGCUCCCGGUUCCUGUUGCUGUAUAGCCGGGCAGGAUAGUUCUAUAGAUCAUGUGAGAGGGUCUGGUUUUUGCUCCCGGUUCCUGUUGCUGUAUAGCCGGGCAGGAUAGUUCUAUAGAUCAUGUGAGAGGGUCUGGUUUUAGCUCCCGGUUCCUGUUGCUGUAUAGCCGGGCAGGAUAGUUCUAUAGAUCAUGUGAGAGGGUCUGGUUUUAGCUCCCGGUUCCUGUUGCUGUAUAGCAUAGCAGGAUAGUUCUAUAGAUCAUGCGAGAGGGUCUGGUAAUACCCCCUCCCAGCCCGGUUUGGCGUGCAUUAAUAAAGGGGACAUAGUCUGAUAGAGGGAAUGUUCCAUGAAGGGACGCCUUCUCUGUGUUUUGAAUACAAUGGGCUGAAUAGUGCAAACUGUUAUGUUUGCUAUUGUUACAGGGUUCACAUUGUAGAGACUCUUCCUGCUGGGCUGAGAGCUUUAUGGCUUUCCCAGUACUCCCUCCACGGCCCCCAGGAAGGCGUGAACUAGGAAGCCUAUUGUUUGCUGUAAGAUAAGGAGACGGAGAUUGGGGGAUGGGUUUUAUAAUACAGAAGCCAAAAACUGUUCGUUUCUUAAAGGGAAAUGUUGGGGUCUAAAUUCGUAUUAUUCGCUAUAUGGAAAGCAGAGUGUAACAUGACUGUCUCUCAGCUCUCAUUGAGCAGGACUAGAGAGAGCAGUCCAGGUUAUACAUUGUACAGCACUACAGAAUUUGUUGGCGCUAUAUAAAUCUAAUAAUAAUAUAUGCACUGUGGCCAAGGUGAUCAGAGGGAGAGUGGCUGAUUGACUGGUGGGGGACAGGCCAUCUUAUAACGGUGUGAUCUUUAUAGGUUAGAUUCCCUCAUCUCUGGUAAGAUAUGGCCGCAGAUCACUGUAACAGACUGCACAUGUGACUGCCGCAAUUGCCUGAAAGAUGUUACUGAAAAGCACUAAAACCGAUUGAUCCAGUACGUUAACCCUCCGCUCUCUACCAAUAUAUCCUUAGUCAUUCGUCUUCCACGGGCCGUUGGUGGAACGGGAACAUAUCUGGCCUAACUUAACCAUCAACACUUUCAUAUAAAUCCAUCAUGUAUGAGAAUCUGUAAUUCCAGGUUAAUUGAUUAUUAUGAAAAAAGAGCAAACAUAUGAUUAAUGAUCAAUAUAGACAAAUUAGUUUCUACUUAAGCUGAUUAAUAUUAUUAGCGUUUAUAUAGCGCCAACCUAUUCCGCAGCGCUUUACAUUUCUAGAAAAGAGAUAUUUGCAACAUAAGGAAUAUUACAGAGGGAAGAGUUGAGGAAAGCCCUUUGUUAAAUGAGCUUACAGUCUAUGACUGAUGUGGCCAUUCACAAUAAUGGAUCUUCGAGACCUUCGUAAAAUGAGCUUACCAUUCACAAUAACGGAUCUUCACAAUAACCAUUCACAAUAACGGAUCUUCACAAAAGUGAGCUUACAGUCUGACUGAGGUGACCAUUCACAAUAACGGAUCUUCACAAUAACGGAUCUUCGAGACCUUCGUAAAAUGAGCUUACCAUUCACAAUAACGGAUCUUCGAGACUUUCGUAACGUGAGCUUACAGUCUGACUGAUGUGACCAUUCACAAUAACGGAUCUUCGAGACCUUCGUAAAAUGAGCUUACCAUUCACAAUAACGGAUUUUCACAAUAACCAUUCACAAUAACGGAUCUUCGAGACCUUCGUAAAAUGAGCUGACAGUCUAUGACUGAUGUGACCAUUCACAAUGGCGGUUUUUCGAGACCUUGUUGCUUGGUGAUUGGCUGACUACUUACUUCAGUAAAGUAGAUUGAGUGUUAUUGUAACAUAUGAUCUGCUGUGAUUCCAGCUGUAAAAACUAUACGAGGGGCUGGCUGUGCGUUUAGUUUCCAUGUCCCCAAAUGGCUUCCAGUUGGACAGCAUGAUCCUGUGGCCCAAACAGGUUUGGGAUUCUUGGAUUAUCCCUGCCAGGGGGAUUGUAUGAUAGAUGUUUAGAUUUUAAUUUGUAACCUUGUGUUAUCAGGGUUUUUGUCCCAUUCGUGCCGUGCUAUAAAUGUUAUAAUGUGGUGAUGUUGCUGUGGCACGGAGUAUGUACUCGUACUCGUGGCUUACUUCCGUAGUCCAUAUAGUUUUGAAGCCUUAUUAUUGAAGCUAUUGGCUAAGUAACAAUAACAUCAAAUUAGAGUUAAAUCUUCGUUUCGCCAGUGACUAGUGAUGGGUAGAUAAUGGUAGUGAUUUUAUUGACCUCGGAAUUUAAUCUGUGAAUCUGUGUCUUUGUUACCUGCAGAGCGAUUUCUAUUCAUUUUACCCCAUCCCCUCCUCUGUCCUUUUAAAUAUUUAGUCUUACUCGUUAAUUGUUUUAUUUUAAUUGUUUCUUUAAUAAGGUUAAUGUGACUGUGCGUACCCGCUGCGAUUGCUAAUUGCCAUCUAAUUAUUCACGCUGGAUGUAUUUAGGCAUCUGACAGUUUUUAGGUAUUGCACCCAGGGGAUUUAAAAGGAAACACUAAACCUCAUUUUAAUUCAUCAGAUGGCUGCGUUUUACUACAGAUUUUACUACAGAUUCACACCAGAUGCACAUUCCAGGGAUCCUGCUGCACUGUCUGCAGUUACCUUCAACAACAGUUAGUCAUUGGUUAAAUCUGUAACCCUCCUAAUACCAGGGACAUAAACGACGUGGUAAACCACUGGCACUAAGAGGUUUAAAUGCACCGAUGAAGGAAAUCAUUCAAAUUUUUCUGCUAUUCUUUGUAUUUUGGAGCAGUAUAUACUGACUAUAGCCAUUGCUGCCGGCCAGGAAUAGUGGGAAUUUGAGGGCAGGGUUAAUUUCAGUGGUUUUACCAGGUUUUGUAUUACAAAACAGCGCUUUAAUGAGAUAUUUUGCCUUUUACCUGAAAGCAGUGUGAAUUAUUUGUUUGCCUUGAUGAUGGUAGGUGAGCUUACACUUACAGCGGCCAUUGUAGUGACAUGGUUUAAAAUAUAUGGUCAUACACUACAUUUGUCCUGCAUUCCUAGGGAUAGGGCACUGAUUGGUUAGAUCAGUGUCCCCCGCUGGAGUGGGUGUGGAAAACAUGAGAUUGAAGAAGCUUGAUGAUAAUUGUGAAAAAAAGGCAUAUUUCCUUCUUUUUCAGUCUGCAGAGUGAGGCAGCUUGAAUGAGACAAACACUUGGGGAUUCAUUUGUGGCACAGAAAGGCUAUUUAGGUUCAAGGUGGUAUUGCAUUUAGAGCUAGAUAUUUGGGGUUUGGGCUACAUGAAUCCCUAAUUCCAGCUCUGUUUUCCAUCUCCCAGUUCUGUGGUAUUUAUUGGGAACCUGGCUGAUUUGGAGGCUGAUGUUGCUGAGAAUUCACAGUUUACUGAAUUGCCGUGUUGGUGUGCGUGCCGGUUUCUGGGAGUUUAGGUAAUCCCAUGCCGUUACAUCUGGUGGAAAUUUGAUGAUUUCAGUCACUUUAUUUAUUUUUUUAAAUUGUAAAUCUAACGUUUUAUUGAACAUUACAAAAAGAAAUAAGUAGCCAAAAAGACAUAAUAAUAUUACUAAAUUGUGCAAUAUAAGUGGAGUUACAUCUCCGUUUCUGUGCGUACCGAUAUCUUGUAAAAUUAUGUAACUGGAGCAAAGGAAUGCUGAGAAACUCAUUUUCAUAACGUUUAUUUCAGGUCACCUUCGAUGACGCAGCAAUCUACUUCUCUGCAGAACAAUGGCAAAAUCUGGAGGAAUUUCAGAAGAAAAUCUACAAGGAGCUGAUAAAGGAAAUCUACGAAACGAUGAUUUCAUUGGGUAAAUAAUCUCUGUUUACUAAGAAAGAUGGUGCCCUGGUUGGACCAUCUCUGUAUCUAACACAGUUUGGGUGGGUGUGGCAGAGUGCGCACGUUAUCCGCUGAUUGGCCAAUCACUUUCGCAUUGUGCGUAGAUACUUACCAGUUUGUCAUCAAUAUUUGUCAGAACCAGCUUAAGGGUUUUUGUAUUUGCACACACACAUUGCAUUGUUGCUGUGUGUAUUCUAAGUUUCCCAGAUUUAUAAGAAAUGACAUAUGUUGCUUUUUCAUCCAGAGCCCCAGUAUAUUUAAUGCUGGAUCCAGGAUCCAGAGCCCCAAGUAAAAGGUCUGAGGGUCUUACCGUCCUAGUGGUUUGGAGAGUUUCCUUUAGUUUAAUCUCAAGAGGUGAGAUGCCGCUAAAUUCAUCAUAGAUGUUUUCUCCCCAAAUAAUUUAAUUCAAAGAAUUCUGCAAUACUGAACAGCUGGGGUUCCACUCUUCACAGUUAACCCAAUACCUGAGUCAGGAAUCUGCAGAGUUUUAUUAAGAGGCAUUAAGCAAGGUUGUAGCGGAGAUGCAAUAUUACCCAGGUUAUCUCCGCUUAUAAUCCAAGUGAGGCUCAGGAACAAGUAAAUAGUAAAGCCACAGGCAAGGCUUCCAGCAGGUAAAAUACAGCAAUAUCCCAACAGCAAUCCCAAUAACUGGACGACACACAGUUUCACAGUCUCCUUAUAAAGCAUGCUCCCAUGCAAGGGAGGGAUUUACAGUAAUUAUUACAGUAGCCAAUCCUGUCCUGGUAGCCUCCCACACAUCUCCUCCCCUCAGCCAGCAUCAUAAUCCCCUUAUCCAGCACACCAAUUCCCCCCGUUUCUGGAUGUACCCCUAAACGUAGGGGUACCUCUUUAAAUCCUACAUCCCCGGAUACCCCUGAUCUGGGUGAACAACAUAUCCAAAAAUCACCCAGAUCAGACCAGGGGUUCGGGAAAUGUAUGGAGGGAAUAAAAUGACCGACCGCACUAACUGAGAUAGCCGAAUACGGUUCCAUGUGAAUGGGCCCUGCGGUCGGUCCUGGCAUAAGGGAACAAAAUACACGAAAGCCUCUAGCUAUAGAGGCUAGGGAGGGUUCGCCUGAAUCCCCUCGUUCGGUAUUUUCUAUCUACCGAACGAGGGGCCGUUCGGUAGUUUGGAACCGAACGGACCAGGUUUGUGGAGGUCUCAGCGGUGUUCGCCUACUCGAGUGUCCGAUUUUAGUUCCAGACACUCGACGGCAAAACACCGCUGUUCGGGAGUUUUAAAAUGGCCGCCGCCACGCGUUCGUUUGUCGAAUGGCGGCCACCCCCGAGAACAAAGGACGGCUACUUACUAUUCAAUUACCCGUUCGCAACAAUGUUGCAACGGGUAAUUGAGGACACACUUCACACAGGGGAGGUCUGGUUGUUCGGUAUUUUCAUUCGAAUAAACUAAGGGAAUGAAACUACCGAACAAUCAGAGGAAUACAAUUCUUUUUAACACACAUAAAACACAGCAGAUACACGAAUGCAGUUAUGUACAGUAUAUUUGUAGGAUCGCCUGGUGCCAUCCGCUACACUGCUCCCCCUUGCCCACAAGCCGGCAUACACAGUCUGAUCCAACACGGAUCGGCUUGGGGAUGUCCGGGGAAGCUCACGGAUCAUUUCUCUAGGUCAGUUUGUCGUGACAACCCGUCAGCGUUUCCAUUCUGUUUACCCGGGCGGUACUGGAUAUUAAAGUCAAAGGGCUGCAGCGCCAGACUCCAACGCAGCAGCCGGGCAUUGUCCCCAGCCACCCGGUUUAGCCAUACUAACGGGUUGUGAUCCGUGAGCAGGGAAAAAGCUUGUCCGUACAAAUAUGGCUGUAAUUUCUUCAGGGCCCACACCACAGCCAGGCAUUCCUUCUCGAUGGCGGCGUAGCUUACUUCUCGAGGUAACAGUUUCCGGCUGAUGUAAGCCACAGGUUGUUCUCCGCCAUCGGCCCCGACUUGGCUCAAUACUGCUCCCAAUCCAAACAUAGAAGCGUCUGUGUGGACAAGAAAACGUUUAGUUGGAUUGGGAGCUGCCAAGACAGGGGCAUUGGUCAAUGCAUCUUUCAACAACUGAAAUGCCUGUUCACACUCCGGGGUCCAGGUUACUUGGCGGGGUAGAUUUUUACGGGUUAAGUCGGUGAGAGGUUUGGCCAGGGCAGUAUAAUUCGGGACAAAUUUCCGGUAGUACCCGGCCGUUCCUAGGAACGCUAAUACCUGCGUCUUAGUCCUUGGGGUAGGCCAUUGAGCUACAGCCUCUACUUUGGCUGGUUUCGGCUUCUGCUUGCCGCAUCCUACCCGAUGACCUAGGUAUUGUACUUCAGCCAUGCCUAUGCUGCAUUUGGCUGGUUUCAGCGUUAAACCAGCGGCCCUAAUCCUGUCUAGGACCGCUCCUAUAUGGGUCAAGUGUUCCUGCCAGGUAUUGCUGAAAAUGGCAAUAUCAUCGAGGUAGGCGCAGGUAUAAUCUUGGAACCCAUCCAGGAGGCGGUCCACCAUCCGCUGAAAAGUAGCCGGGGCGUUUUUCAUCCCAAACGGCAUGACCUUAAAUUGGUACAAGCCGAAUGGGGUGACAAAGGCCGACUUAGGGAUGGCGUCUUGCGCCAAGGGUAUUUGCCAAUACCCUUUACACAAGUCAAUCGUGGUGAGAUAGUGCCCCCUCGCCAUCCGAUCCAGGAGUUCGUCUAUCCUGGGCAUGGGGUAGGCGUCAGAUACCGUCUUCUCAUUCAAUCUCCGGUAGUCUACACAAAACCGGGUCGUGCCGUCCCGCUUUGGUACUAGUACUACCGGAGAUGCCCAGGGGCUGUCGGAGGGCUCAAUCACCCCCAGCUGGAGCAUCUCAUCGAUCUCCUUGCGCAUGUUCGCCCGUACCGCUUCUGGGAUGCGGUACGGGGUCUGACGCAUGGGAAGUUGCCCUGGGGUGUCUACUCUGUGAGUGGCCAGAGGAGUGUAACCAGGUACAUUAGAGAAGAUAUCCUGCUUCUCCCUCAACAGCUGUUGUACCUCGCUCUGCUCCUGUGGGCUCAACCGGUCCCCCAGGGUGACUUCCCCUAAGUCCCCGGAUAACUGACCCUCUCCCAGCAGAUCCGGGAGAGGCAAACUGUCAAACUCCUCAGAGUUAGGCGCACAUAUAGCAGUCACUUCCUCAGAGCGCUCCUGGUAGGGCUUCAUCAUGUUCACAUGGAGCAUGCGUCGCCCCCCAGUACCAACGCACGAGCCGAUUAUAUAAGUGGUGUCACACCGUUGUUCUACCACCCUAUAAGGGCCCUGCCAGGCGGCCUGCAGCUUAUCGUGUCGGACAGGUUUUAAAAUCAACACCUUCUGCCCGACCUGAAAGCUACGGUCCCUGGCGCCCCGAUCAUACCAUGUGCGUUGGCGUGUCUGAGCCGCCUGCAAAUUCUCGCGUACCGUCUGAGUUAAGGCCUCAAGGCGGUCUCGGAAUGCCAACACGUAUGGUAUGAUGGGGGUACCGUCAGUGCUCCGUUCUCCCUCCCAAUGCUCUCUGAUUAAAUCUAAAGGCCCUCGUACCCUGCGGCCAAACAAUAGUUCAAAUGGGGAAAACCCAGUGGAUUCCUGCGGCACCUCCCUAUAAGCAAAGAGGAGGUGGGGCAGGAACUUCUCCCAGUCCUUGUGGGUCUCUGCGAAGGUUCGGAGCAUUUGUUUCAAUGUACCGUUGAAACGUUCGCAGAGCCCAUUCGUCUGGGGGUGGUAAGGGGAACUAAUGACCGGCUUAAUGUCACAAAACUUCCAGAGGCGCUGCGUGACUUCGGCGGUGAAUUGGGUGCCCUGAUCGGAGACAAUCUCCCUGGGGAGUCCCACCCGGGAGAAUAUCUUCAUCAGGGCUUCUGCUACUGUCUCAGCCUGUAUAUUCGUCAGGGCCACCGCCUCUGGAUAUCUAGUGGCAUAGUCUACUACUGUCAGGAUAAAUCUUUUACCUGACGGGCUCGCUUUGUUGAGAGGUCCUAUUAGGUCAACUGCUACCCUGCUAAAGGGUUCCUCAAUUAUGGGAAGGGGAUGUAACUUAGCCUUGCGCCGGUCCCCCCUUUUCCCCACCCUUUGACAGGUAUCGCACGUGUUGCAAUACCUGCGCACCUCCUGGCUAAUUCCCGGCCAAAAGAAGCUUUGGGUUAACCUGUAUCGGGUCCUGCUGACCCCUAAAUGUCCAGAUAGCGGAAUGUCAUGUGCUAUCCGUAGUAACUCCGCCCGGUACCGCUGAGGUACCACUAACUGCCUCAUCACAAUCGGGUCUGACCCGGAUACCUUCUUAUCCGUCUCCCGAUAUAACAGCUGUUUGUCCCAAAUAAACCUUUCACCCUCCCCCCCCAGGCGUGUCUGCUGUCACCUUGUCCUUAUACACCUGCAAGGUGGGGUCAAUCACUACCUCAGCUGCAAAUUCGUUAGGAGGGGCCCAGGGAACACAGUCAAGGGAAGGGGAAGGAUCUCUUACCUGAACCUCCGGGAGUGUGUUGUAGUCCUGGGUGCGGGCCUGUUGUCGAGUAACCACAGGGUGAGCUUCUCCUGUGGUGGGUGUCUGGGGCUCAAAAGCAGAUGUGAGCCUCCCCAGAUCGUUCCCCAAUAAAACCUCCGCCGGUAACUGCGGCAUCAACCCCACCUCCACAUGCCCUGCCCCCGCUCCCCAAUGCAAAUGUACCCUUGCUGUAGGUAGCCGGUAUACUGCUCCCCCGGCUACCCUGACGGCCACAGUCUUAUUUAGUUUAGCCUGGUCUGAGACCAGGUGACUUUUUACCAGGGUGAUGGUGGCUCCUGAGUCACGUAGCCCCUGAACCGCUUUACCCUCCAGAUACACGGUCUGUCUGUGAUGCUGGCAGUUGUCAGCAUUAGCCUGGACUGGAUCCGCCUCGUGCAGUACCUUCCACUGUUCUACCGUUGUAAUGGGAACCGCUGAGCCAUACGGUGUGGCCACAAUGUCCUGGUAGUGAUGGGCUGCGGCUGUUCUCGGUGGUGGUGGUGGACCGGGUCGGAUCCAGGUGGAACGGUCCCGCAGCUGGGGGCAUUCCCUUUUAUAAUGUCCCCAUUUCUGGCAGUGAUGGCAAGGGCCCAACGUGGGCUGGCAGAAACGUGGCUGUGCAGCGGGUGGUGGUGGUGGUGGUGGUGGUGGCAGUGGUCUUGGUAGAGCUGGCGUGUAGUUGUUUCCCCCAAAGGUUUUAAAAGGUACUUUUGGAGCUGCAGGUUUUUGCUUCCUGCGUGCAUCCAGGUACUCGUCUGCCUUCCUGGCUGCUUCGGUAAGGGAGGUAGGGUUUCUGUCUCUUACCCACUCCUGUACCUCGCUGGUUACUCCUUCACAAAAUUGCUCCAUCAGUACCAUUUGCAAUACAUCCUCCAUAGACCGUGCCUUGCUCGCUUGCACCCACCCCAAGACUGCUCGUUGUAGUCUGCAUGCCCACUCAGCAUGUGAGUCUUUCUCCACCUUCUUUAAAUCCCUGAAUCUCCGCCGGUAUGCUUCUGGUGUUAUAGCAUACCUGGCCAAUAUAAUUUCUUUCACUUUAUUGUAAUUCCGUAUUUCUUCAUUAGGUACAGUACGGUAUGCCUCAACUGCCCUCCCAGUUAACCUCCCUGCCAAAAUGGGUACCCAGUCCUCUGCGCUGAUUCUAUGCAGUGCACACAGUCUCUCAAAAUCUUGCAGGAAAGCGUCUAUAUCUUCCUCUGCCUCCACAUAUGUUUUAAAAGCCUGGUAUGGUAUUUUAGGCUUACCUUCUUGUGGCAUAUUUACUGCAGAGCUGCGUUCUGGGGCCGCUGUUUGAUUCCUCAGUAUAAAUUCCUGGACCUCCGUCAUCGUUUUUGAAACAAUCUCUGUUGGAGGGUGUUCCCCAUAGAAAGAUAGCCGAAAUUGUACCUGCCUCUGGAACUCCCUUUGUUCCGGUGUUUCUCCCGAAUUCCCCUGUUCGGGAACCGAUUCGCCGUCCAUUCGGUACUCCGCCAUCAGUUCAGUAACGAGUACCGCUUUUGUCUUAUUGCUGGCUUGUAUACCCCUUGCCUCCAGAAGGUCUUUUAGCGUGGAGCGUUUUAGUGUGGCAAAAUCAAUCUCCAUCCGUACUCCAUUUAGGCAUGUUCCUCUGUGAGUCUGGAUCCCAGCGCUGCCAACCAAUGUAGCGGAGAUGCAAUAUUACCCAUGUCAUCUCCACUUAUAAUCCAAGUGAGGCUCAGGAACAAGUAAAUAGUAAAUCCACAGGCAAGGCUUCCAGCCAGUGGCGGAUCCAGGGGGGGGGCAACGGGGCAAUUGCCCCCCCCGAGAAAAUAGUGCAGCUGCCAUCAGUUGAGGGACCUCAUUAGGGGCUCGGUCGGGUGCUGGAGCCCUUUGGCAGACCGGGCCCCUUUAAAGUUGCAGGGAGUGCUGGGAGGAAGUGACUGUUACUUCCUCCCAGCAUACAGACCGCGCGGGCUGAGAACACCCAGGAUGCAGCUGGGAGAGAAGACACAGGCAGCUGGGAGAGAAGGAGGAGGGAGGAGAGAGAGAGCUCUGCAGCUUCAGACUCCCAUCAGGCUCAGCCAGCCUCAGGAAGUCACCUCCCUGCAAAGAAAAAGGUAUUUAAGCAGAGGGGAGAGGGGAGGGUGCUUAACAUUAUGGAAGCUGCAAUUUGUGUAUGUUUAGGUAUGUGUACAUCUGUGUGUGUCAGUGUGUAUGUUUAGGUAUGUGGACAUCUGUGUGUGUCAGUGUGUAUGUUUAGUAUGUGGACAUCUGUGUGUGUAUGUUUAGAUAUGUGUACAUCUGUGUACAUCUGUGUGUGUCAGUGUGUAUGUUUAGGUAUGUGUGUAUGUGUGCAUCUGUGUGCCAGUGCGUAUGUUUAGGUAUGUGGACAUCUGUGUGUGUCAGUGUGUAUGUGUGCAUCUGUGUGCCAGUGCGUAUGUUUAGGUAUGUGGACAUCUGUGUGUGUCAGUGUGUAUGUUUAGGUAUGUGGACAUCUGUGUGUAUCGGAGUGUCAGUGUGUGAAUCUGUGAGUAUGUAUCUGUGUGUGUGUACCACAGACAACGUCGUCCACUGCACUCAGGUUCCGCUUUUCACUCUGGUCCACAGCCUCAAAGGUGCUCUGGAAUAGAUAGACACUGCUAAUCCGUCCAACAAUACAAGGUAAUAGAAUAUACAGGCAACACACCAGGUACCGAAGGUGUAUUUAUUCGAGGGUAGAACACCACAUAAAAGUGCAACUUUUCAGCCCUAGAGGGACUUAAACAUGAUUAAGGCCCCCAAGGGCUGAAACGUGUUCUACCCUCCAAUAAAUACACCUUCAGUACCUGGAGUUAUGCCUGUAUAUUCUAUUACCUUGUAUCUGUGUAUGUGAAGGUAUGUGUGUCAUUCUGUGUAUGUGUAGGGAUGUGUGUGUGCUGUUUCGCCAGUGUGCAUGUGUAGGUAUGUGUGUAUCUAUGUGCCAGUGUGUGUGUGCCUGUGUAGGUAUAGGUUUGUAUCUGUGGGUGUGCCAGUGUAUGUGUCUGUAUCUGUUAUUGUGUUUCCAUAUCACUGUGUGUGGCCGCAUAUGUGUACAGCCUCUAUCCCCUAAACAAGAGUCCCCUAUUCCUCCGCUGCAGCCUGUUUCGCCCCGCUCUAGCCCACUUAAGUGCCCCUCCCGAGAUUUGGUUCUGGAUCCGCCCCUGCUUCCAGCAGGUAAAAUACAGCAAUAUCCCAACAGCAAUCCCAAUAACUGGACGACACACAGUUUCAGGAGCAGAACUGAAAGUUUUUAAUCCACAGUCUCCUUAUAAAGCAUGCUCCCAUGCAAGGGAGGGAUUUACAGUAAUUAUUACAGUAGCCAAUCCUGUCCUGGUAACCUCCCACACAUCUCCUCCCCUCAGCCAGCAUCAUAAUCCCCUUAUCCAGCACACCAAUUCCCCCCCGUUUCAGGAUGUACCCCUAAACGUAGGGGUACCUCUUUAAAUCCUACAUCCCCGGAUACCCCUGAUCUGGGGGAAUAACAUAUCCAAAAAUCAACCAGAUCAGACCAGGGUUUCGGGAAAUGUAUGGAGGGAAUAAAAUGACCGACCGCACUAACUGAGAUAGCCGAAUAGGGUUCCAUACGAAUGGGCCCUGCGGUCGGUCCUGGCAUAAGGGAACAAAAUACACGAAAGCCUCUAGCUAUAGAGGCUAGGGAGGGUUCGCCUGAAUCCCCUCGUUUGGUAUUUUCUAUCUACCGAACGAGGGGCCGUUCGGUAGUUUGGAACCGAACGGACCAGGUUUGUGGAGGUCUCAGCGGUGUUCGCCUACUCGAGUGUCUGAUUUUAGUUCCAGACACUCGACGGCAAAACACCGCUGUUCGGGAGUUUUAAAAUGGCCGCCGCCACGCGUUCGUUUGUCGAAUGGCGGCCACCCCCGAGAACAAAGGACGGCUACUUACUAUUCAAUUACCCGUUCGCAACAAUGUUGCAACGUGUAAUUGAGGACACACUUCACACAGGGGAGAUCUGGUUGUUCGGUAUUUUCAUUCGAAUAACUAAGGGAAUGAAACUACCGAACAAUCAGAGGAAUACAAUUCUUUUUAACACACAUAAAACACAGCAGAUGCACGAAUGCAGUUAUGUACAGUAUAUUUGUAGGAUCGCCUGGUGCCAUCCGCUACAAAGGUCGUCCGCCAUAUUGUUUGUGCCCUCCCGGAGUAUGUUUGCGGUGUUUGUAUUGCACACGUGUUUCACACUUGCUGUUCUGUUUCUUCUUAAUAGGAUAUCGAAUCCCAAAGCCUGAAAUCGUUUCUCGGAUUGAGCGAGGGGAAGAGCCUUGUUCUGAAUACUGCAAGAAAACGAAGCUCCCAGAAUCACAGCCCGAGGGUGGAACUGUUGGUAGCAAAGGUACCUGGUCUCUUGCCACUUUUUAAACCUCUGUAUCCCAUUGGGAAGGUUACUGGGUAUAGUGUGGGCUGUACCCAACUUUCAGGACAUUUCACAUGGUCAGGGCUCAAAGAUCAGAGUAUUGGAGUAAAUAUUAGGACUGGGCCUGAUAUUAGGUGUGAACCUGCUUUACAAGGUGUGAUUAGGAGUGGGCCUGGUAUUAGGGGUGUGAUUAGGAGUGG